AUGGCUAAUCAGUCUACUGAUCCAGACAACCAAAGAAGAGAAUCCCCACUACACAACAGCCAAGAUGCGCGGCGAGCGUCACCUCCACGGAUAGGUACGCUCUUUCUCGAGGAGCAGGCGCAUACCGUGCUGGGUGGCGGCCUGGUAGAAGCAUACUCACCCUUUGUAGAGCAUCAACCUGCCGUCCAUUCAUCCAAGGGGGAACCUGAUGCAAAGCCUACUGCUCCCUCGAACAAUACUACACAACCUCUUGCGCCUCCACCUCGACCUGUACAGAACAAUCCCAUAGAUACGCCCGACUACUUUAAUACCGUGCACAGCAAUACUAGCCAUCUACAACUCGAACCCAACCCGUUCGAGCAAUCGUUCGGCAACCCGUCAUCGGAAACGCCAGGGAAGCUACCGCCCAUCGCAAAUCUGACGUCGCCGUCUUCCCUGUUGCCCGGAGGUACGCCUGGCUGGCCCAACUCGCUUCGGUCGGGACCCUUGAGUCCUGCUAUGCUCGCUGGGCCCGCGGGAGCAACCGACUACUUUGGUGAUUCGUUCAGAGGUGGCUUUCCAACGCCUAACGAAUCAUCGCUACGCACUGGUCUGACGCCUGGUGGAGGGGGUUCCAUGUUCCCCGCGCCAAGUCCUAACUCACAAGCGUUGUUCAACUCGUUAGCAAGUGGUGGCGCCACACCAAGCACUCUAGACUUCCACCGCACCGCCAUGAACGCUGCUGCAGCCGCUAAGCAGCAGAACUUUAACGUCACCAGCAACGGACCGACAUCACAGCCGCCGGAUCAGAGCGGCCCUUCCGGAAUGGAUCACAGACAGUAUCGUCCCCAACAUCAUCACCAGCAAGGCCACAACAACCCAUUCGACAACACUAGUCAGCAUGAUAACGAGGCGGCCAACAGCCUGUUCUUGCUGACUCAAGCGAACGGUAUGCGUGGAACUAAUGGUCCUUAUGGACUAUCACAGCAGCCCCCCAACGCUGUCAAUAACAACAUGGGGCAAGUUCCGAAUCAAGGACCACCCCAGUCUGCCGACACAUCACCUGUAAGCCGGCGACCGACGAAGAACAACUCCAUCGCUUCAAUAGAAACGGGCGAUUUCUCGGACAGUGGUCAAAGCGAACAAGCCAAGCCUACAGCAAAAUCACGUGGUAAGAAGGGUUCAACCAGCAAGGCUCAAAACAACAAUCGACGGAAGGCGGAGGAGACUCCCGGAAAAUCGCCUGCAAGCAAGAAGCCGAGGAACAACAGCUCCGCUGUCAGCAUGGCCAAUAUGGCCAACAUGGCCAACAUGGACCAGGAGAUGGCUGACAUGGAUUCUGAUGAAGAAGGCAGUCCGAAGCAAGAGCUCGGAGAGAACGGCAAGAAGAUGACCGACGAAGAGAAAAGGAAGAACUUUUUGGAGCGCAACAGAGUUGCGGCCCUGAAGUGUCGACAGCGCAAGAAGCAAUGGCUCGCAAACCUGCAAGCCAAAGUCGAGCUGUUCACAACGGAGAAUGAUCACUUGUCCGCACAAGUGACGCAGCUACGAGAGGAGAUUGUCAACCUCAAGACACUGCUUCUUGCACACAAGGACUGUCCUGUAUCUCAGCAACAGGGCCUUGGCGGCAUGGCGAUGCACAGCUUCAUUGGCGAUCCAAACGGCCAGAUCAACACGCACGCCAACCCGUACGGGAUGGCGAUGCCACCGCCGGGCCAGCCAAUGGGCAUGCCUAUGGGCGGCCAGGUGCAGCAGGGCCAGAUGCAGCGUGGUUGA